CUCAGCCGCUGUCGCUGUCGGCAGUAGUGGAACUGCACGCCCUUGGUCGCUAGUUCGGAAUCGUGGUCUGUGUAUUACGUGGCAACAAGUCGAGUUCUUGAAGUUUUGCUGUCAACUCGGGAGCUCGAGAUCGUCAAAAUGGGUUUAACCAUCAGUGGAUUGUUCAAUCGCCUAUUCGGCAAAAAGCAGGUCCGCAUCUUGAUGGUUGGUCUCGACGCCGCCGGAAAAACUACGAUUCUGUACAAGCUCAAGCUCGGAGAGAUCGUCACCACGAUUCCCACUAUCGGCUUCAACGUAGAAACCGUAGAAUAUAAGAAUAUCUGCUUCACCGUUUGGGACGUCGGUGGUCAAGACAAGAUUCGUCCUCUGUGGAGGCACUACUUCCAGAAUACGGAAGGUCUUAUCUUCGUCGUGGAUUCCAACGAUAGGGAGCGUAUUGGUGAAGCUCAGGACGAGCUCAUGAAGAUGCUUGCCGAAGACGAACUCAGAGAUGCGGUCCUGCUCGUCUUCGCCAACAAACAGGACCUCCCGAAUGCAAUGAACGCCGCUGAACUCACCGAAAAGCUUGGUUUGAAUUCUCUCCGAGGCCGAAAGUGGUACAUUCAAGCCACCUGCGCCACUCAAGGAGAAGGCCUGUACGAGGGUCUAGACUGGCUUUCGAAUGAACUGGCUAAAGGGAAAUGAUUCUGCACCAACGCUUACAAACUAAUCCACAUGAUGAUGAUGAUGAUCUAAAAGGUGGAGAAGAAUAAUUUUAAGAAAAGGAGGGGAAACAGUAGCCGCAGAAGAGGCGAAGAGUUGAGGAGUCGUGGGAAGUCGAUGAGUAUGAGGAUGGGAUAUGAGUGUAUAUACCAAGUUAUUUAUCCCGCGACGUGACCGUUCCCCCGGGAGUCAUCGCAGAGCAACUUGAUGUGAUUUUACAAUAAAUUUUUGACA